AUGAGUAACGUGCUUCUCCGCGCGCUAGACGCGUCGGAGAAGCCCAUGACUCAGUCCGCGCUGAGCUGGCUUCGGCAGACCAGCACGGUAGCAACUAUGAUUGAUGGCGGUUAUGUCUUGGUCGACUUCUACGGCGAAAAGGGUGUUCGGAAAUCUAUGGAUGACGAAUGUGUCGUCUGCCCAUCUCUCUCGGCAUUGAACAGCGACCUUCCACCCACUUAUGAGUUUCUUGUCUGCGGUUUGUUCGACGGUCACGGAGGCCGGAGCUGCGCGGCUUUCGCUAAGGAGCACCUGCUAAAAGAGGUCGCGAACCAGUUGGUCCAGCAUUUGCGUAAUAGUAAGGACAAUGGUUCGAAAUUUUCGGAGUUGUUGUUGAAGAAGUCCGUCAAUGCUGCCUGCUCCCGGCUGGACAGUAGGAUCGCGAACGAGUUACCGAACUGUACUGAUGGAUGCACGGCUCUGCUGGUGUUCGUCGGACGCAAUCGCGUGUUCGUGAUGAACCUGGGCGACUCGUCGGCAUACAUGUGCCGAAGGUUGCAGGGCGCUGUACACGCGAUUCCUCUGAACGAGGUGCACAAGGCAUGGUCACAGAAGGAGAAGGAGCGAGUCUUACACUAUGGAGGUACUGUAGAAGGAGGGAGGAUUAACGGGGUGCUCGAGGUGUCUCGUUCGUUUGGGGACCUGAGCUUGAAGCGUUUCGGCGUCAAGUGCACAGGUUCACUGCGUCGGGCAGCACUCGACAUGAAUGCUGACGAGUUCAUUUUGGUCGGAUGCGACGGAUUUUGGGGUGCCUACGACCCGCGCGAGGCGUGCCGCAACGCUCUUACGUUCAUUAAGGAGGAGGAAGCUCGUGCCAAGGCCGACCCUCGCAAUCCAUUUGUAAACCUGCAUAAGGUUUGUAAGGAUUUGGUGAACCACGCUCUGAACACCAAACAUGCCCAGGACAAUAUAUCAGUGCUGCUGCUACGUUUCGUGUGCACAGCUGAAUCUACUUAA